AUGAAUCAGCAAAACCAACAAACCCAACAAAAUCAACAAAAUCAACAAAAUCAACGUCAGCGGCAGCAAAACGAACAAAUUCCGCAAAACCAACAAGAUCAGCAACAAAUUCAGCCAAACCAAGAUCAACAACGACAGCAACAGCAAGUCGAAAUGAUAAAUGGAUCUUUCAAUAUUUUCGACAUGCCACAUGUCGAAAUGCACCCAGAAAAUGACAUAUCACGUGAUAUCGAUAAUUCACGAGCUUUAAUGUUGAAUGAUUUGUCAGCGCAUAUGAUUUUAAGAUGA